AGCAACUCAGCACCAGCAGCGUCUCUUCUGUAAAUCAGUCUGAUCGUAACUGGCACACACAUUCUCUGGAUUUUUAUCGGCUUCUCUCCAUCCUGCCUGCGUUGCUCUGAGCAAAUAAUCUAUUUGCUUCUACAAGAACCUGUGCCGGGACAUGCAGUGCUGAUUGCGUCUGAUCCGAUCUGAUCUCAGCCAAGCUGAGGUCCAGUGGGCACGCUGAUGGAGCUGAAGGUGUGGGUGGACGGUGUGGUCAGGGUGGUGUGUGGCCUUUCAGAGGAGACGUCCUGUCAGGAUGUGGUUAUUGCUCUCGCCCAAGCUAUAGGCCAGACGGGCCGUUAUGUCCUCAUCCAGAGACUGAGGGACACUGAGAGGCAGCUUUUGGCUACUGAGCGUCCUCUGGAGUCCCUGGCUAAGUUCGGGCAGCAGAGUAAUGAGGUGCAGUUCUACCUUAAGCGCACUGGCCCCAGCAGCAACAGUGAUAUCCAGGAGCGCGCACUCUCUCUUCAUAAACCCUCCGAAACGGAGCCGCCAAGACGCAGCGUACCCAAAAAAUCCCUGACUUUUAGUCUGGGCCCUACUUCUUCCCCACGCACCCGACCCAAACAGAACCGCAGGUCUCCGAGUACCAAACUCGGAAACGAGUCCCGAGCAUCUCCUUUGCCUCACACCUCCCAUUUGCUCAGUCUGUCUAGAGAGGAAGUGUUCCGGCAAGUUCUCCAGCAGCAGGAGCGUAUGCUGGCACUGGAGGCCCAGCUGGAGCUCCUGGAGCAGGAGACGCAGGUGUGGGAUGAGCAAGAGGAGCUGGUUGCUGCGGAGCAGACACUGCUGGAAGAUGAGGAGCAGUGGGAGGAGGAGCUUAGGACUGAGAUGCAACGCGAGCGUGCCAUGAGGAUGCAGCUGGCUGAGCUACAUGCCAAGCUGGAUGAGUGUGGCACCAGCCUGCACAAUCUCGCCACGAAAUCCACACAGCUUGAGCAGGACAUUCAGAAGGAAAGGCUUGAGGCUGAAGCAGUGUCUACACAGGCACAUCCAGAGGACUGCAUACAAGUGGAGCUUCACAGUCGGCAGAAACAGGGGAAGGAACUGGAGUCUGAGAUGGUGGAGACUGAGAAAGCUCUGGGAAAAGCAGAAAUGCUGCUGCAGGCUAAAAAGGAGCAGUUGGAUGAGCUGAAUAAGGAACUGCGGCAGUGUAACCUGCAGCAGUUCAUCCAGCAGACCGGAGUGCUCCCUGCCCAUAACUCCUCACGUACAGACCUCCACCAGCAGCUGGACCAACAAGAGCUCGCUCAGCUAUUGCAGGAUACAUCUAUAGACAGUGACUCUCUACAGCGACCCACAGCCAAGCAGUUUUUGGGGCAUCCACGCAACCUGCAGCACCCCCUGGUGUCCAGCCUGAACCCUGAGGUCCUGGCAUCCAGGGAGUCAUCUUGGAGGUAAAGCCUGAAGGGCCAAGGAUCCCUCUUAUUACACCUAUGUACUUAAGCAGCUAUUGCUCUAAUGGUUCUACUCAUCUCAUCAGUGUAGCAAAUAUAUAUCUGCUGUGUAUACAAAUAUAUGUUUACAUUUCGUUACAUUCCAAAACAUGUAUUUACUGUAAAAUAUUAUCAGAAAGAUUUAUCCUAGAGAGCUUUUACUUUUGUUUAUGUAUUUAAGUCUAAUAAAGACCGUGCUUUGUGUUUAUA